ACAAACAAAAUGCAUAAACCUGCUCAAAACUUUAUUCUGGUAGUUCUUAUUUUUUCAAUUCUAUUUUUCAUUUUAAGGCGUUAUUAUGAUGAUUCUAAGGAGUUUACCCCAGGAGGCUUUAUAAAACCUUUUGUCAGCUAUGCACCACCCCGAUUUUUUACGGCUCCCAAGAACAACAUUAUUGCUUGUGGAAUCCGGAACUCUUUUUUCCACAUCACACAAAAUCUAAUGUGCCUUGUUUAUAACGAAACACAAUACUUGGCAGAUAAGAGGAGUUUCAAUGAUCCUUGGACUUCAAGUAGCAGAGAUUGUGCCAGUGAGAAAAGUUUCUUCGAUCCAUCUGAAUCUGUGCAAAACGAUAAGGACACGGUUCGAUUUGCAAUUUUAAAGGAUCCAUUCCAGCGUUUUGUGACAUUGUAUCUGAACAAAUGCGUAGAGAAGAACGAGUGUUAUGAUUGUGGAAGUGAUAUGCGAUGUGUUGUGAAGAAGCUUUACAACUCGCUUGCCGAAAUUCAAAACAAUACAAAUACAACAUUGGUGAUUGGAGACAUCGAGACAGAAGCAGCACCAAUCUCGUGGAACUGUAAUUUCCACGAGGGCAUCGAAAAGUGGAAGCUAAUGCGCAUGAGCUCAGAUUUAGAAAAAAGAAUUUCAGCGGCUGCUGUGCUCCUAGAACGCUUGAGAGAACAAGGAGUAAAACAAGCAGUCUUUAUGAGAAUUCACAAUGAUAUUGUGUAUAACGACAUCGCCAACACCACUCAGACAUCCAACAAACGCGAUGAAGCUGAAAAACAAGUUCGAGAAGACCAGAUUGUUCGCCAUUUUCUACACAAAAUUUACCUCAUGGACUAUCUCGUAUUCCGAUUUGACAGGCGUGUAUUAGAUCCAGAAUAUAAAAAGAUUGAGGCAAAAUUCAUCUUGAAUUCAGUUGCAAAAUAAUGAUAAUUUUCGAAUAACAUUCAUAAAACUAUACAAUUGACAUAAAAUUGAAUGAAACUUAACUGCGA